AUGUCAGCCUUCAAUCCCGAUGCGCCUGCGUUUAUUCCGACAUUUCUUCGUCGCACUGGGUCCAAUGCCGUCGGAGAAGAGGAACUUAGCAACGAGGCGUCAUCCCCAUCCGCUAAGCGUCCUCUCGUCUUCCUCAUCUUUGGUUGUCGUGGGGCGGGGAAGACGACACAAAGCGAGCUUCUCGCGAAGGAAUACAAUCUGCUGCAUAUCUCCUCCGGAAACAUUUACAGGCAAGGGAAGCAGCCAUUUGUGGAGCUGCGACGGGUCUUGUUAGAGGAAUUUGGGGAGGGGAAAAAACGACGUUACAAUGGUCUUGUGCUCGAUCGCUUUGUUGUGAAUAGCGAGUUUGAUGCCUUUUACAUACAGUCCGUCCUGGAUGCCGUUAAACUUCCUGUUCCUUUUGUCUUUAUGCUUGCUAUAGAUGCAAAAUUGGCAUCCAAGCGUGCAGAGUCACGUGAGGACAAUAAGACGGCGCAUCAAUAUUGGCGCGUGGUUGAGCAAAAGGCACAAGCCGUCACGCUCAACACAAUCUAUGCUCCGAUUAGGUGUUUGAAGACUAUUCAAGUCACUGAGGAUGCCACCAUCGAGGAUGUCUUUGGAGAAAUUAAGGCAGCAAUUGGAACCCAGUUGCCGGCGAAUCCUGAAGGUAUUAAACUUUGCCCUGCCGCACGCCGUGAAGCAAAGGGCAUGAAAUUGAUUGAGGAUUAUGAAACUUACAUGGAACUUGUUUGUUGUGUGCAUGCAGCUGUGGGAAAUGUUUCGGGACGAAAGGACACAGCCCCAUUAUCCGGCAUUGGCGCAUAUCUAGAUAGAGAGUACUUCUCCUUUGGCCAUAAAAAUUUGCGCUCUUUAUUGUCUACCUUUCAUGUUACUUUAAAGGCCGAUGGGCAACGUUAUUUGUUGGUGAAGCACAAGCGUUAUGGUUAUAUAGGAUUUCCCGCUGCCUUCACACAUUGUUAUGAUUUUAACAAAUUAUUUGAUGGUGUUGAAAUGAGUUGUGAUUUUCCGCCGGAAACCCAAAAAUUUAUCACGGAUAAAAAACACGACAAGUCGGUGGAAGUACUACUUGACACGGAGCUGGUGAUACAUGAUGGAAACCCGGUGUUUUACGUGCUGGACUAUUUGUAUUUGGGGGGCCUGGAGGGGAAGAAGAUGCGGUUUGAGGCCCGGCUAAAGAUACUUCGGGAGUUCUUUGGUCGUCUAGCCUCUGUCACACAGGCGGUUGUUUUAAAGGACUAUGUCCCGAUCAAUAUGUUGAGAACGCUUCUUCCGAAAUGGAAAGAGGCUAAAAUGCCUAUAGAUGGUUUGGUCUUUCAGCACAACGAUGUUUACAAGAUUGGGAGAGACAGAUUUCUUGUGAAGUGGAAGCCCAUCGAACACUGCACCGUUGAUUUUCGUUUGGCGAAUGGAAUACUGAAGGGGGACAGUUGGACCUUCGAACUUAUGGUCACGGAUGAUAUCUCAGCAAACGGUGGUUUUGGGGAAAUUCCAUACGAAGGUGCCCUCGCAAUUAUUCCAUCAACGCUCGUACAGGAAAAUGGUCUGUGCAAUGGAAUUAUUGUUGAAUUGGCUCUAAAAGAUAGAAAAGAGACGAAUGAAGGGGUGUCGUCACCCCAGACAACAACAUGGUGGUCGUUUAGAUGUCUGCGCAAUGACAAACCCUCCCCGAAUAAGCACAGUAUUGUUAAAAAGAUUGUGGAUUUGAGGCAUUUGAGCUUGGAGGAACUCGUUGAUUUGUGUGAGAAGGUUCCGUUUUAUGGGAGCACAUGA